CUGUUAUUAUGAAACAUUGCUUCAUUCUGCAGAACGGUCACUGAACUCUCACUGAAGAGAGUGAGAUUUGAGCACAGAGAUGGAGGGCACCCUGAACGACUCGAUGGUGGGCAACGCCUGCGGCAUCGACUUCACGCAGGACAGCGUCUUCCUCCCGGUGCUGUACGGGAUCUUCUUCAGCGUCGGGACGCCCAUGAACCUGCUGGCGCUGUUCGGUCUGUACCGACUGCUGAAGUCCCAGAACGUUCUUCCGGUGUUCGUCAUCAACCUGCUGCUGGCCGACCUCAUCCAGCUGCUGACGCUGCCGCUGUGGAUCGACUACUACGCCCGGGAGCACAGCUGGCGCUUCGGGCUGCAAGGGUGCCAGCUUAUGGGGUUGGCGUUCUACAUCAGCGUCUACGCCGGGAUCUUCUUCAUGUGCAUCAUCGCGCUGGAGCGGUACUUGGCCAUAACCAGACCUCUGAAGUUCCAGAACUACCGGCACCUGAAGUUCGCCUGGCUGGCGGCGCUCGCCGUUUGGGUUCUGAUCGCCGUGCCGCCCUCGGUCGCCUUCAACAAACUCUUCCCCAAGCAGAAUUACACCAUGUGCGUGGAGAGGUACCCUUCAGAGGGCAAUUUCAUCACCUACCGGCUGAUUACCCUCCUUCUGUCCUUCAUCCUGCCCCUCGGCUUCAUCGCCGGCCUGCACCGCCAGACCCUGCGCUCGCUGAUGGCAAUCAACUCCCUUUUGUCCGAAGAGAAGAGGCGUAUCCGAGGGCUGCUGACCCUCCUGGUGGCCAUAUUUGUCACGGUGCUGGGACCCUAUCACUUCAUCGGAUGCGUGAAGUACCUGGGGCUGCUGAUCUACAGGCCGGUGUGCGACUGGGAGAAGGCUCUGUUUGUACCGUAUCAGCUGGGCCGAGCUCUGCUGAGCCUCAACAGCCUGCUUGACCCCGUGCUCUACAUUUUCCUCAGGAGUGAUUUCCAGGCACUGGCCGGGCGCUACAUGCCCUGCUUUGGGGCGUUGAGGAGCCCAAACGCUUCCUGUGUGAAAUCAGAACAGCCGGAAAGGCCUACGAACUCCACACAGGCCUGAAAACAAAACUGUGUUAAACCUUUAAUCUUAAUAUUUGUCGUUUUUGGUGUGUAUAUCCCGAAUCUGGCAGUUUUUCUAUACAUUUCCACCAAAUUUUAGGACGAAAGGACCAAUAGAAGGCCUACAAAUUGAUCAAACAAUAGAAUAGGCAUACAAACUCCACACAAGACUGAGAACAAAACUCUGUCAAACCUUCAAUCUCAAUCUUUUUCAUUUUUGACUUAUAUAACAUGAAUCUAGCAGUUCCUUUUUACAAUUCUACCUAAUUGUGUGAUGUAUGCACCAAUAAAAGGUCUACAAAUUGACAAAAUAAUGGAAUAAUGUGAAAAAAAACAGCUAAAGAGACCUAGAAACCUUGGUAAACCUUAUAUCUUCAUUUUUGUUACUUUUGACGUUUUUGACAUAACCUGAUUUAAGACGUUCUUCUGUAUAUUUCCACCAAACUUUAGGACGUAUGCACAAAUAGAAGGUCUACAAAUAGACGAUAUAAUGUUAUAUUUUGAGGAAACCUGCUGUAGAGGCCUACGAACACCACCCAGGACUCAGAACAAAACCAUGUCAAAGCUUCAAUCUCAAUCUUUUUUUAUUUUUGACUUAUAUAAUCUAAACCUGGCAUUUCCUGGACACUUUCCACCAAAUUUAAAGACGUAUGCACUAAUAGAAGGUCUACAAUUUGACAAAAUAAGGAAGUGAACUGAGGAAACCAGUUGUAGAAGCCUACAAACUCCACACAGGAUUAACGACAACACCAUAUCAAACCUUCAAGCUCAAUCUUUGUCAUUUUUAACUUUGGCUUAACCUAAAUCUGGCAGUUCUUCUAUACAUUUCUACUAAAUUUUAGGAUGUAUGGACCAAUAGAAGGCCUACAAAUUGACAAAAUAAUGAAGUAAUGAAAGGAAAGCAGCUGGAAAUGCCUACAAAACCCUGGCAAAUCUUAUAUCUUAAUUUUUGUCACUUUUGACUUUUUGGCAUAACAUGAUUCUAGCAGUUCUCCUAUACAUUUUACCAAAUUUUAUGAGGAAAUCACCAAUAGAAGGUUUACAAAUUGACAAAAUAAUAGAGUAAUAUGGGGAAACCAGCUGUAGAGACCUACAAACUCUGGACUGAGGAGAAAACCGUGUCAAACCUCAAUCUUUGUGGUUUCUGACUCCAGCAGAACUUGAAUCUGGCAGCAAUUCUUUAUAUUUCCACCAAAUUUGAGGACGAAGAUUUACAAAUUCAAGAAAUAAUAGAAUAAAGUGAGAGGUCCAGCUGUAAUCUUGUGUAACAGAGGGAACUUAGUGAGGUGGUCCUGAUGAGUGCCAGUUCCAUCAAAACGUUUUUGAUAGUCUUUGCGAUAGCAUUUGGUGAUGCUUUUAAAGUUCUUGAAAUGUUUGGAAUGGACUGAACUUCAUUUUUGUUUUACUAACCAAAAAUUGUUAGAUAGUUGUUUGUCACAUUGACUGAAUAAAUAAAUAAAUA